ACCCAGCUGCAUCACAUAGUGUUCAGGUUGGCAGAGACCUUGGGGACCACUGGGCUGGCAGCCUCAUCUCACACGUGAGAGAACCGAGGCCUGGGCUGGUCCUUUGACAGCUUAGCACUGGGCAGAACUCUGCCUCACCCCAGCCCUUGGCUCCUGAAUGGAAAGCUGUGCUCUGCUUUCAGAUUUGGAAUCUGCCCCAGAGGCCCCAGAAACUCCUGCCUGCUGUCCUUCUCUGGACCAUUUACUUCUAAGGCUGGAGAGAGGGGACUCAGGCACUUUUGCAAAUGAACUGAGCAGCAAGGGGUGUUGAAAGAAGAUUGGCAACUGGGUCUGUUUCACCCAGAAUCCCCCUUUUUUUUCCUAACCCAGGUGAUAGGCUUAAUGGCAGUCAUUCUAUAUCAGGUUGAUCUGGCAAAUCUAUUUGGGGUGUAAGCUGAAAUAGCAGGAUGGACCCUGCUGCUUCUGCUGCUGAGGUGCCUGUCCCAGCACUGGCCCUGGCCUUAGCACGAGUCCCCCAGGCACUCCCUGGCUUAUUACACCCAUCACCCCUUCUGUCUUCUGGACAAGAAGCACCUGGGAGUGGAAGAGGAGCUUGUCUUUGGAGGCCCUGGUUAUCCUCCGCAAAUGACCCCCCAAGGCAGGCUGCUGGUGGGGUAACAGCCGCUGAGGCCACCAAGGCUGAUUCUGAAUUCCAUCAUCCUGUCAGGCUUUUCUGGCCAAAAUCCCGCUCCUUUGACUACCUGUACAGUGCUGGGGAGAUUUUAUUGCAGAACUUCCCUGUCCAGGCCACCAUCAACCUGUAUGAGGACUCUAACAGUGAAGAGGAGGAGGAGGAAGAGGAAGAGGAGGAGGAGAAGGAGGAGGAGAAUGAAGCGGAGAAAGAGGAGGCUAAUAAAAAGAGGCCAGAAGGGUGUGUCAGAGUGGGGUCUGCACCACACAGGGCAACAGCUCAUUCCCCCUCCCCACCUCUGACCUGUCCAAACUGAAAGUCACUGAUUGGCAAGUUUCCAAGGGCCUCAAUUAGUCCAGAAUCUGUAGGUACAGCUUUCUGGACUAAAAACUGGGUCCUCAAGCUGCCCAGCUCAGCCUGGCUUACCCAACUAGCUGGUGAGCCCAGGCCCCUGGCAUCUCAUUGUCUGGGCUGCUGACAGGAUUCCUAGGAGCUCUAGGGGAAGGUAGAUCUGUUUCUGAAGCCCCCAGGAAGCACAGUGGGGAAGGGCAUGCCCUUGUAGAGGAGAACAGCCACUUCUCAGGGCCCUUUGACAACCAAGCCUUCCUAGGUGGCCACAUAAGUCCAGACCCCCAUGGAAGCCUGACUUCUGACUUUACCUCCAGGGACACCAACACCACAUCCAAGCAAAUUUGGGGUACCUUUUUGAAGAGUCUUGUAGGAAAAGAAAGGGACACCUAGAGAAUCAGCUUGCUCGGGGGAAUUCUUUCCCCCAUUUUGAUUGUUCUCCAUUGAGAUCUGAGUGUUGGCAUGAGAUGAAUCAGGAGAAAAAUAAAC